AUGUUGGCCAAAUUCCUCUCCCUGCUGGCCAUCAGCACCCUAGCAUCCGCCGCCUCCUACCAACUCCGGACCUUCGCCCCCUCCGAACCAAAAGUCCACGACCAGCUAGUCAACGUCGAAGAAGAACGCUUCUGGAUCGGCCUCGAAAGACCAACGACCUGGUGCCCAGACUUCGGCGGAGGCUCCUGCCCACCAGGCAACACCACCGUCGUAGACGGUUCCUUUGGCAGGAUGAAGUCCAUGAUGUCCCCAGGCCAACUUGUCUACCUCGAUCCCUUCGGCGUAAUAAGCUACACCGCAGGCGACGCCCUAACCUGGAACACCAUGCCUCAAGGCUCCAACUUCAACUGCUUCGAGGCCGUCGAGAUCUGGGACCCGGCGGACGCGACCAAGAAGCUCCGCCUCGUCAAAUUCAUCAACCUCGGCGACCCGGCCGCGUCGGCAAGGCCGUUCUUUUACUCGUGUCCGAUCGAGGGCAAGAAGCAUUCCUUUGUGAGGGUGCGGUGGACGUCGCAGCAUGGGCAUCGGGAGUGGGGUGUUGAUUGGGAUAGUCAGUGUACGGCUAUGGAGGGGUUGAUUCUUGUGGAGAGUAAGGUUGAGAUUGGGGCGUAUCAGUAUGUUUGA